CAUAUGCUAGUUGGGAUCUAUGUUUGCGUCUCCAAAGGCACAGAGGCGGAGCUAUGGCGAUCACCAUUGAAGACUACCGGUUACCAUAUGACACCCACAAUCUGUUCGACGUAGACUUCUUCGGAGACAUUAUCCACACCCUCGUAACUCACGAUCCCGGCAUGGUUUCAGAGUGGUUAUCCGAGAUUGAGUCCCUCAACAACCACUGCCGCCUGAUCGUUGGUCUCGACGUAGAGUGGCGACCCAGCUUCAGCCGCCUUCAGAACCCAGUUGCCCUUCUCCAGCUCUGCGUCGGUCGCCGCUGUCUGGUCUACCAACUCAUCCACUCCUCUUAUAUUCCCGACCAUCUCGUUGAGUUCCUCUCCGAACAGGACUACACUUUUGUGGGCGUUGGAAUUGAGUCUGACUUGGACAAACUUGAAAGGGACUACGGAUUUGGGUUCAAUGCGAAUGCCGUGGAUUUAAGGGAGCUCGCGGCAUACACUUAUCAGAUGAGAAAUUUGCAGAAUACAGGGCUGAAGAAUUUGGCCAGUUUUGUGCUUGGUAAAGAGUUUGAGAAGCCCAGAAGAGUAACUAUGAGUAGGUGGGACUACCGAUGGUUGACGCUUGAUCAAGUGCAGUAUGCUUGUGUUGAUGCUUACAUCUCUUUUGAGAUUGACAGGGUCUUGAAUGCUGCUGGGUAAACUGGGUAUUAUUGUGUUUAGAUUGAUCCAUCAAAGGGCUUAGCAAAGCUUGCUUGUUUUUUAUUUCAACAGAAUGGUUUAGUGGAUUUUUUGAAUGGAUCUUAUGUACGAUUGAUGGAUUAUGCCAUGAAUGGUGUUCUGAAUUCUGGGUUUUGUUUGUUUUAUUUUGGCUAAUUCGUUUUAAUUUUAAGUCUUUUGCUUUAUAUCUUG